UUUUAGAAUAGAGUGUAUGUUUUUUAUCGAAAAAUAAAACAUCUUGCGAUUUUUAAAUAUUUAGUUGAGAAGUAGCACGCAAAUUUGAUUCUAUUUUUAACUUCUGUAACUGGAUUUGUUUUGGAUAAUCUUGUGAAAUAGUGCUCUGUAGUUAAUGGACUCAGAAUAAUGACCAAAUUAGCUGGCACAAGACGUGCACGAAACCAGGCUACAUCACUAGCUAUACCUCGGCAAAACUCUAUUACUGAUAAUGGCAAGACUCGUCAAAAUUUAAGCCCAGAAGUACUGGCUUCUAUGAAUAAGGAGCAAUUGAGAGCAGAAUGCAGAAAAAGAGGUCAACGGACUACAGGAAACAAAAAUGAGCUGCUGGCCCGUCUCGGGUACUACAAACUGGCGGCGGCAGUGCAAGUAGAAACCGAACAACGCACGCGCAACGGAUUGCACCACACACAUCCGAAAGAAAUCAAGACUAAAGUCGUAUCAAUGGAUACAGACAGUUUCGUGCUAUGGAGGAAACCAUUUAUAACAAUAGAAUACUUCUUUCGCGAACUCUUAAUAUUAUGCAACACAGGGUUACGACGGUUAUUAGCAUAUAAAUUACUUGCAUUAGCAAUAGUGUUCUCUAUAUCCGGUACAGCUGUAUCGUAUUAUGUUAGUGGGCCACACCAACCUUAUGUACAGGAAGCAAUUCUGACACUAGCGUGGUGGGGUUGGUGGGUGAUACUCGGUGUAUGCAGUUCCGUGGGUCUCGGAACGGGCUUACACACGUUUCUCCUGUACCUCGGGCCGCACAUAGCGCGCGUCACGCUCGCGGCCUACGAGUGCGGCGGACUCAACUUCCCGUCCCCGCCGUAUCCUAACGACAUAAUAUGUCCCGAAGAAAUCGACCCAACGUACGUGGUGUCGAUAUGGAACAUAAUGGCCAAGGUGCGCAUCGAGUCCAUGAUGUGGGGCGUGGGCACGGCGCUGGGGGAGCUGCCCCCCUACUUCAUGGCGCGGGCGGCGCGCCUCUCGGGGGGCAGCGUGGCCGAGCUCACGGAGAAAGACGACUCCAGGACUGGCAGGGCAAAAGUGAUGGUGCAGAGGCUAGUGCAGCGCGUCGGCUUCGCCGGCAUCCUGGCCUGCGCGUCCAUCCCCAACCCGCUGUUCGACCUGGCGGGGCUCACGUGCGGACACUUCCUCGUGCCCUUCUGGACCUUCUUCGGAGCGACGGUGCUGGGAAAGGCCGUGAUCAAAAUGCACAUUCAGAAGAUGUUCGUCAUCGUCGCGUUUAAUGAAACGCUUGUCGGACAAGCUCUGUCGUGGGUGGAGAGAAUACCAUACAUCGGGCCCAAACUCGAAGCACCAUUAUUGGAAUUUUUGCGUAACCAAAAAGCGCGCUUACAUAAAAACGAUUCGUCGUCGUUACCAGAGAAUCAAGGCUCAAUUCUAUCUAGUCUUCUAGAAAAAUUCGUAUUGGCUAUGGUCCUAUACUUCGUGGUGUCGAUAGUGAAUGCGCUCGCUCAGAACUACAGUAAACGGGUGGGUAAGAAGAAGGGCAAAAAGAAGGAAUAGGGGUUGAAGACGCCGAGUCAUGUCAUCGGCGGUCUAGCGCGACGGCUGUCAGACACCAGAACGCGUCCGCGGUAGUACAGGAUAAUCACACGAACAUUUGUGUUUAAAGUGAAACGUUUACCCAACGGACGUUACACACGUGUGAGAUGCCUUAGCUAACACCUUGUCCAGGGAUUUUAUUGCUAAAUAGUCUUAAGUAUGUAGUAAAUUGAUAUAAAAGACGUUGAUUUACGGAAGUGCGGGGCGUUCGGCGGUGUAGAGCGCUUGAAUUGAGCUUUUUUAAAUAUUAGCUAAUUUAUAUGAUGUGAGGAGUACCCACAUACUUAAUAUUAAUUAAUAUAAAAAUAAUAAUUUUUAAAGAUUUUAAGCAGAAAGCAUUAAUUCCUCAUCAUCAUUCUUACUACUGGAAUAAAAUUUUAAAAUAAAUCUAAUAAUUAGUCGAUAGGUAAUUAAGUAAAAUUUUCGAUGUUUUCGUUUAAAAUUAUAUACACAAAUAAUUAAAUUAUUUAAUUACUUGAAAUUAUAGUUAAUAAAUAAAUUAAAAAAAAAAUGGUAAAAACUUGUAUCUAAUCCCAAUAAGUAUUUACUUUACAUGUGUUCAAUUUUAAGGAAAACCUUGUAAUGCCAUCAGAUUAAAACUCUGUAAAUUGUAUAAGCACCAAUCCUGUAUAACGCUGCAGCUGCAUGGAUUAAUUAGUCAAUUUUGUCCUUAUGAGUAAAGGAGGUUUUCCCAAGCAUUUAUGAACUGUCACUAUAAUUAUUCAAUUUUAAUUAUCUAUGGACACAAAUGUCAAAAACAUAACAGCUCAAUGUAUAAUACUAAAAGUCCAUCAAGACUGAAAAACGAAACAAGCGUGAAACACACAACGCCUCGCAUCUUCAAUGAUACAAAUCGGAUAUAAUUAAAUACGGUUUUUGUAAAACUAUUGUUUUUUUUUUGUUAUGUUUUAUAAAUAUUAUAAAAUAGCUUUGCAAAAUUAUAUUGUACAUCUCUGAAAUCAAGUUACUCUAUGGUUUCGGUGACAUUUUAUUUUUGACAUAUAAAUUAUCGUACCGUAAAUCUCGUUUUGUUUUUGAAAACAAAAACCGUAUCUAAUUUCAAUGAUAUUGUAUUUAAAAUAGGUGAAUAAUAUAUUUAAUGAUAGUUAAUAGUUACCAACUUAUCAGAGGCAAGUCAUAACCUACGCCUUACUUAAUGUUAUAAUCGCUAAGACUAGUACAGAUUGCACAUUGAUAAUUUUUAUUAUAAAUAAACCAUUUCGACUAUAAUUCCUCAAUAAAACACAAUAUAAAUAUACUUUAUUGUACACAAUGACACGAGAAGAAAAGAAAAAGAAGGAUACAGAUAAAAAAUGAUAAAAGACGAUAUUUGUCUUCGGUUUUAUUUAAAUAUGAAAAAAAAUAUAUCCAUUGCGUCCUCAUAAGCGUUCUUGAUUAAAACUAGGUAAAGUAAGCGAAACGAGAUAAAUAUAAAUAGUAGAUGUUUUACACGUGUGUGGUGUGAUUUGUAGUUUUUAUAAUUAUUAAUAAUUAAAACAUUGUAGCAGCUAUUGCACGACAGUUAGUUAUCUUGCCCUUAACAUGUAAUUUUAUUACGCAAACAUUUAGUUUUAAUAAUAUAUUAAUUACUCUCUAUAUAUAUUUAUAUAUAGCUUAUUCCAAUCGAAGAAGGAGUAAAGAUGGAUAUGCUGCUGUAAUUACUCUUAAAAAAAAACUUGACUAGUAUAACUUUAUCCAUAAGACAAAAAUUCCACUUAACUAUAAAAAUCAUCAUAAUACAUCCAAAGUUCCGACAAAUUCGACAACAAUUCGAUGACUUUCGAGACAUUUUAUUGCGAAUCCCAUAAAUAAUAUCAUAUAUUAAAUUCUCGACCAAUGAGAUCGCGUCAAUUUAUUAUUAGAGUUGUUCAUUUGGAUUUACUCCUAUUGUGGGUGGAGUGAGCUAUAAGGUAGAUGUUUGACUUGAUCGCUCAAAGAAACGAUAACAUUGUUAUAAUAUAGUACGUGCUAUGAUAUUUCAUAUAGAAAUGUAUGGUGCCUAAGAAUGUAUGAAAACAUAUGCUUAUAUAAAAAGAGAGGCAUUACAAAGAUACGUAUAAUCUGUGUCAAUAAAGAAAAUAUUUUUAAAUGGCGUCCGAUAUUCUGCUGUCUCGCUUGCACUCUGUUCACGUCUCUUUUGCACUCUUCGGGUUAAAAAAAAAUGUACGUUAAACAUUUUGGUAUUUUCGUAGCUCGCAUAAGAACAAACCUAAUUGAAUACUACAUAAUUAAAUUAUGUUUUUCAUUUAAAGGUUAAAAGUCAUAUACUAGUAUAAUAAUUACAUAAUGUAUAUUUUCUUUAUUGGCAUGCGAUUAUAUAGUUUCCCAUUCUUGAAUAUAAUAUAAUUUAUAUAAUUAUUGAAGGAAUCACAGUUCUGUAAAAAAUUAAGAUAUGGAAGGAGUUAUUGAUAGUUAACAGAAUAAUAGAUACCCAAUACCAGAAAUACCUUUAAAUCCAUUAUAUAAAUUAAGUUUUUUUUUGUUUUUAAAAUAUAUUAAGAUUUUUGUUCCAUGGAAAGGUAGCAUGUAAAAAACAGAUACUAAAAGCAAUAAAUAUUAAUAAACCAUAUUCGUGUGCGUGACUAGAAUACAUAACUAACAAUGUUAAAAUGAAUAAAUGGUAUUUAUGUCAUAAUGAUCUGAUAAUAUAGAUAUAUUGUAAUUCAGGAAAGCGCCUCUCCAAAGUAAUUAAUUUUUUUUUUCUGUCUGUACUCUUAGUCGUUUCAAAAGCACGGGCGCCACUCACUCAUACUUAUAUACGCGUAUAAUAAUUUAAUUUAAAGGCGAGCCGCGCUUUCGUGAGUAAAUAAAUCUAUUAAAUAAAUUUCUAAAGGUAGAUAAUUACAAGAUAAUUUGUUAUAGCUUCGGUCACACUAGAUAUGUGCUAAUAGAUUAUUUUAAAAAUGUAUUUAAAUGUCAUAUUCCUUUCUGUCUUUGAAAAGUAAAUUAGUUAUUUGUAUUCUAGGAUAGUCGUACCACUUGGUGCUAACCUUGUAACGCCUGCGACCGUUAAAUUGAACACCUAAUAAUUUUGACAUAUUUGUAAUAGACAGAAUUUGUUACCAUACUUAAAUUAUAUUGGUAUAUUGUCUAAGUAUUGCAUUAUAAAUCCAAAUUUAUUAAGAAGUAUUCAAUCGGAAUAUUUCUUGUUGUAUGACAUACAUACAUUUGACAUCUUUCAACUAUAUUCUGUGUAUAUAUAGAAGACCUUAGUAUCGCCAGUCGUAAUAAUAAAUAAUAUUUUAAAUUGUUCGAAUUCAAUAUUGCAUUUGAUACAUUAAAUAUGAGAGAAAUUUGAAAAAAGUGCCAAACAUGAUAAGACAAAAUUUAGUAAAUUGGUUAUCAAAUAUUUUCUAUUAUAAUAUAAAAAGUAUAUAAUCCAAACGCGCAUGUCUAAAUAAAACAAUUGACCACUUUUAACAAAAAUACUUGGUGCUGUUCCUAUUUAUUAUUAAAUGAUUUUUUUUUAUUAUUAUUAAUUUAAACCUAACCUUGUCGUUACUUACCUUUGAUUCAAGCAUGAAGAGACUAAAAAAAAAAUCUAACAUAAUAAAAAUAAAUUAAUUUCCAUUUAAAUUCCGAUUCCGAGUCUGCAUGUAAUAGAAUAAAGGCGCAAAUUUUAUUAUAUUUAAUUAUAUAUUAAGAUAUGUUCUACGCUAUCAUCUUACGACCUUUAUUAUACAAAUUGUGUUGCGGGUGUUUAGUUAAACACAGGUCUCUCUUUCUGUUAUCAUUGAUUUAACAUUCGUAAGAAGAAGACAGAGCUUUGUUUAUUGAACCCGACUCAUUUAUAGGUAAAGUCGUAUAUUAUUAAUUAAAAAGACAUUUUGUAGAGUGUUAAGGAACAGUAUGUGCACGAAGCGAGUCCAGUAUUAAUAAGUUUACUUAUUUAAGUGUGAUAGUGUAUGUUUCAGUCGCUGGCAUUCCUUUAUUUAUCUUGAAGCAAAUUAAAUACCGAAUCAAACUUUUUCUAUAUUUGGAUAAAAUUUCGAACAUGUUAAAACUCUUAUCCAGACUUUUAAUAUAAUAUUUAAUUUAGCUUAUUCGGCAAUAUAACUCGUUAUAUUAAUAACUGGUACCAAACGAAUAAUUUUCUGAACCAGACUAUUUAUGGUUUUGCACGCAUUUUAGGUUUUAUUAGCACCAACGGUAAAUGCCGGUUCCAUUAAUUGGAAAUAGAUCUUUCGGUCACUUUUAUCUCUGAAGUACUUAUCUGUGUAUACAAUUUCAAUUGAUAAUAUUUUUAUCAUAAUAUUGUUAUAAUUUUAAAAUGUAAAAUCACUUAUUUUGUUUGUAAAUAUUUAUUUCAUUUUCAUCUAAGCUUAUACUAUAAUAUAAACAUUCCACAUAUAGUCGAUAAUAUGUAUUUAUGGAACCACCAACCCGCAGUAGAGCAGCAUAAUGAGAAAAGCUCUAACCUAUCUCUUUAAGAGGAGAAUGCCCUAUUAGUUUUACCUUUAUGGAAUGUUGUAAUGUUUUGAAAUUACAUUUCUAUUUAUUAUUCUGAUGAAUUACUGUAACUAAACUUUCUAAAUAUUAUGGUAUAUAUGUUUAUGGUGGGUAUAUACAAUAACCGAUUUGAUACAUUAAAAAAGAAUUACUGUACAAAUUCCUUAAUUAAGAAUUACUUUGCAUACUUCAUCAAAAAUAUAAAUAUGAUGAUAAAUUUUAUUAUUAUUUCAAUAAAAUUAAAUGAAAGCAAAUUAAAUUUGCAUAUUAUUGUUUUGCGUUACUUUUCGAUUGUUUAAUUUUUAUUAUUUUAUGUCAUAUGUUUUAUGUUUGAUAUUUAAAACAUGUAUUUACCAUAAAAAAAAUUUAAUUUAUAAAAAACAAAUAGUGUAAAAAUCAGUCAUAGAAUGUACACGUUUAGUACAAAAUCUGCUGUAAGAUUAUAAGUGUUUCUAAGUUUGAAGUUCAUAAUCUAAAAGCAAUAAUAAAGAGUGGUUAUGAAAACAUU